CUGAAGAAUUCAAACAAGAGAGAAAUAUGGCUGACAGUAAUGUCAUAGAAGAAGGUCCUGUAAGAUUUCGAGAUGGAAAGAAGUGGAAACAGAGGUGGUGCGUUUUGAAGAAGCUUUCUCCGGUCGCAGAUCGUUUACACAUUUCCCUGUACAAAGACAGCAACGACAGAUACAAAAGUGGUCAGGAAAAAGCCACCCACUCACUAGAGGACUUUUUAGGAACAGAGACAGGACUCUGCAUAGAGCGUGAGCAACAUACCAUGUCUGUGAUAUGCCAAAGCCAAGUAUUGACUUUUGCCUUUAAUAAUGAAGAAACUGUGAUUCAGUGGGAGAACAAAAUAAAAACACACCUUGGACAAGGUAAAAAUUUCCUAACACAACUGGUGAAAGCUCCUCCUGGCAGCAAGCUGUCUAUAGGUUGUCCAUACACUAUACACAUCCAGGGACAGAAACUGUGUGUCACCAGUGGUAGCCCACCUAAACUGUACCAGACCUGGCAGCUUAGUGAUAUCAGACGGUUUGGAACUGUGGAAGACAAAUUUGUGUUUGAAGGGGGCUCACGAUGUGGAAAGGGUGCUGGCAUCCAUGCCUUCUCUUCAGACUCUGCCUCUGAGAUCACACAGAUUCUUAAUGCAGCUUCAUAUGGACAGUUACAAGCAGCUAAGAGAAAGACCACAUUACUAAGAUCUCGAUUGAGUCUUCCAGCAAUGUUCCAAGCUUAUAGGUCAUCCAAUACUCAGGCCACAAGUCCACAUGCCAAAAACUUCGAAAACACUCAAGUGAAUGCCGAUCUCAAUUUUCGAUCUCACCACCAGCUUCACAGUCGCCAGUUAUCUCUUCAUCAGAUUGAUGAAAAACAGUGUCUAGUCAGUAUUGAAAAUUUAGGCCGUAGAGGACAGGGGAGACAGACUGCAGACAAUGCAGGCUUUGAUAGUGACCAGGAGCAGAGUCACGGUGGCAGAACUUUGCAGCGUACCCUGUCCAGCACCUUGCCAAGAUCGCAAAGGUUGGCAGGUCGACAGUCCAGCUCUCCUGAUGGUCAGUUUGAUCAAAGUUACUUGAAUGUAGACUUGUUCGGUGCUGGCCCCACUAAGAAUUGUUGGGGUGCCACUGGUGGUGCAACUUCAGAUAUGAGUACUAGAAGGACAGGAAACAACAAAACUUCCAUACAUCUCCUGGAUGAUAUAUUUACAAACCUACCUCACCCUAAAGUGCCAAUGUCAAAAUCAAAUGAAGAUCCUGUGUUUGCAACAGUUCAGUUUUCUAAUUUCAUGCCAUCAUCA